AUGGGAACAGAACAGAAACUCGCCUGGAAUCCGGACAAUAUACGCGAUGUCGCGGAAUCAGUUGGCAUAUCGGUAUUGAAUGAAGACGCAGUGCGGGCGUUAUGUCAAGAAGUAGAAUAUCGGUUUGGCCAAGUCAUAAUAGAAGCAACACGAUUUAUGCAUCAGGCAAAGCGGACGGUUUUGAGUACACAAGAUAUAUCACAAGCAUUAAGGGUAUUGGAUGUGGAACCUCUAUAUGGCUACGAAUCUACGAGGCCUCUGCGAUUCGGAGAAGCUUCCUUAGGUCCUGGCCAGCCGCUCUACUAUAUUGAAGAUGAGGAAGUGGAUUUUGAGAAGCUCAUAAAUGCGCCUUUACCCAAAGUCCCACGAGAUAUGUCUUUCACUGCGCAUUGGCUCGCUGUCGAGGGUGUCCAACCGUCUAUACCUCAAAACCCCACUACAGGAGAAGCGAGGGCUGGGGAACUUGUACCAAAGGGACCCGGAGCAAACCCAAGUCUUGCAGCUUUGGCUGGCAAUGACAAUGUUGCUUUCAAACCGCUGGUAAAGCAUGUGCUCUCCAAGGAGCUGAUAUUGUUCUUCGACAAAAUUCGAGCAGCUAUCUUAGACGACGACCCAGAUCCGGAGGUUGUAUCGUUACGCGCUUCGGCAUUUGCGAGCGUGCGCGCAGAUCCUGGGUUACAUCAGCUUGUUCCAUACUUCGUCCAGUUUAUCUCGGAGAAGGUCACCCACUCUCUUAACAAUACAUUCGUCCUACGCCAGAUGAUGGAACUAGCCACGGCCAUGAUCAACAAUCCAUCCCUCUUCAUCAAUCCUUAUGUCACCGCUCUCGUGCCUCCGGUUCUCACAUGCUUAGUCGGACGGAAUCUCGGACCAGAACCGGCGAACAAUCUUCAGGAACAAUAUCAACUUCGUGAUCACGCUGCCUCGCUUAUAGGCCAAAUAUCAAAGAAAUAUGCAGAAUCGAGCAUGCAGCUUAGGCCAAGGCUUACUAGAACCUGUCUUAAAUACUUCCUUGAUCCUUCUCGUACCCUUGGAGAACACUAUGGAGCUAUAAAUGGGCUAUCGACUAUCGGUGGGCCUGAGGUCAUUCGCUCAAUCUUGCUUCCAAAUGUGAAGCCCUUCGAAUAUGUCCUCACAAAAGCUAUCAAUGAGCAUGGCGAAGCAGACGAGAACGUUCGCAUGGUGAUUGCUGCCCUCGUCAAAGCCAUAACAGCUAUUGGCGACUCCGAUAUCUACCUCGCGAAUGGUAUGAAUGGUAUCCAGGACAGCGAAGGAACUGAAAUUGAAGAGUAUCUUGGGCCCGUAGUCGGCAAACGAAUUGCGCUGCUGAACGAUCACAGGCUCAAUAAAGCUAUCUUAGAGUCCAAGGAGAAGAAUGGUACAAAAUGA